AUGGGAAGAGGAGGGUAUGAUACGACCGGUGUCCCCAAGCCACAAGAACCUCCCAAGCUGUAUCCCGAACCUUGGAUAUAUUCCAGAGUGCAUCGCCGGCAGCCGCCCCAGCUUUCGGAGAGUGCUUGCAGAAGAAAAGAGCCCGAUCACGCUCCUGCAGACCCUAUCCAACGCCUUACUUUUCGCUUGGUAGACAGGAGACUUUACGCUCUUUUGGAGGUAAAGGAGGUGGCUCGUAAAGUUGUCCAGAGAUACCAUGCGUAUACCAAAACGAGGCCGCUCUGGCAGAAAAGGGGGCAAUCAGCUGGCGAGGAGCAAUCAGAUAGGUUCAUUAUAUACGGAUCCCUCUCUUAUCGGAGGUGGAACGAGGACUGGGAGUGGGAAAUCCAGGCGGUUGAUUUGGAAACAGGGAAGGCAAUGUUCGAACCAUCCAUCAAGCUAUCAAACUGUGAUGGCUCCGUGAUCGGUAACGAGGUCUGUUUCGAGAUGAGGAACUCACACCUUUACGCGGUAUUUAAUACACCACUCAAGGAUACUCAAGGAGAAAUCAACUGGACCUCUUUCUAUCACUGCAUCCGAAUAUCAGCGGCAGAUUCGAAGAAAACAAUGUGGAGAAUGCUGUGGCGAAGACAGGAUGAAGAAGGCCCCAUUGAUGACCGGUGGACACAUUUAUCUCUUGACAUCAACGAAGUAACCGGAAACCUCGUGCUCAAUGAAUGUCGGCGAGAGUAUCUUGGUGGGAGAAGUGAAAACUCUAGAACAGCUUACUAUUCAGCUGGCCAUCCAAGUCAGGCAGGAAAGUGGUAA